CAUCGCCUGCUCCCGCGGUGUUCUCGACCAACUCCUCGUCGUGAACGAGGAACGACUUAUAACAGGCAGAACCCAAGUACCUACUUCGAACAUAUAGACUCGAAAGCGUGCGCGCCGCCGCCCGCCCGCCCGCCCGCCAUGCCGCUCAUCGCCGCCAAGACAAUCAUCACCUCCGUCUCCCUCUUCCACCUCACCCUCGCCUUCUUCUUCCUCACCAACCCGCGCACUAUCGAUGAGCAGGCCAUCGUCUUCGUCAUGGGCGAGAGCAUGGGCAUGCCCGCCGUCCGCGGCUUCGACGCCCAGUCCCCCGCCCUCGCCUUCCUCGCAGUCGUGCUCGCCCUCCUCGGCCUGAGCGACCUCGUAUCCCUCUCCAUGCCCGAGGAGCUCGGCGCGCUUUACUACUGGGGCACCCAAGCGCCCCUCCGCUCCCUCUUCUCCAUGUUCCUCGUCUUCUACUCGUACUUCCUCGGACCCUCCUCCCCCAUCUUCGGCACCGCGUCUCUAUCUCGCGCCGGCCGGCGCGCUGCCGCCGCAGGCGCUGGCGCAACCGGCGGCGUCGUCCCGCCUUCGACCUCGACCUCGACUCCCCCCUCCUUCUCGUCCUCGUCCUCUCCGUCGUCGGUCUACCGCCCCUCCGGCUGGGGCGGCGACGCCCUCAAGAACCGCGUCUUCUUCACCUUCAUGUUUCUCGAGAUGAUCACCUGGUUCUGGAUUUGGGUCACCCUGCGCGAGGAGCGCGCGGGCGUCGUCGAGAAGCUCCGCGUGGCCGGCCGCGCGGAUCGCAAGAGGAGCGCGCACGACCACGACGAGUAGUGCGACGGUCCCCUGAAUUGCUAUUCUCAUGUCACGAGGCAAUUCGGGAGGCGGCGGCUGGAUGAAUGUACUUUGGGGCCCUGGAGCACAGUCAUGAUGAGAGACAUCUCAGACACGCUUGGAUUGGAGUUACCGGGAUAUCUAGGUCGCAUAACUAUACCCAUCAACGAGUGAUUUAUACAUUUGCUGCUCUC